UUGGCGGGUUCAUGUGCUCUUCCUUCGCUUCGCCACACCCACAGGCAACACUCCCUUCAUUCUCUCUUCCUCUGUUCCAUUCAGAAAUGCUCUCUGCCUCAUCACCAUCAUCGUUUCGUCCUUCGCAAUGAAUAAGAUCACGCAUGCACAGAGAUUAACCGCACCAGUGGGGUCAUUCAGACACAGUUUCCUAGAGAAGAGCAAAGAGAGGCUCCUUUCCAAGAAGGACCUUAUUGGUCUCCAUGACGAAGUCAAUGAACGCCCGGAACAACGUUCCUUCCUCGACGCCCUCUCCGAUCGCGUCGUUAGCUUCCACAACAGGUCCAAAGACAUUGCCUCUAAGUUGUACCAGAUGGGUCGCAAUGAUCGACGCAAAGUCGUCUUUGCGAUCAAAGCUGGCUUGUCCUUAGCCAUUGUCUCGCUUGUCAUUUACAUUGAGGAGGAACAGUUUAGCAAGUACUCUAUCUGGGCAAUCCUAACUGUUGUCGUCGUUUUCGAAUUCAGCAUAGGUGCAACCCUGAAUAAAGGUUUCAAUCGGGCUUUGGGAACAUUUUCUGCUGGAGUGCUUGCUCUGGGUCUUGCACAAGUAUCCGUGUUCUUUGGUCGAGCUUUUGAGGAGAUUUUUAUUGUGGUCUCUAUUUUUAUUGCUGGGUUUAUCGCGAGCUAUGUGAGGCUGUACCCUGCGAUGAAGCAAUAUGAAUAUGGCUUUCGUGUAUUCUUGUUGACAUUUUGUAUUGUGUUAGUGUCUGGGAGAACUGGAUUGCAAUUUUUCUCAACAGCUUUUUACAGAUUGCUUCUAAUUGGAAUAGGUGCCGGUGUAAGUUUGUCUGUGAAUAUUUGCAUUUAUCCCAUCUGGUCUGGGGAGGAUCUGCACAAAUUGGUGGUGAAAAAUUUCAACGGAGUUGCCGCAUCUUUAGAAGGUUGUGUAAAUGGGUACCUGCAAUGCGUUGAAUAUGAGAGGGUACCAUCCAAAAUACUAGUUUAUCAAGCCUCUGAUGACCCUCUUUACCGGGGUUAUAGAACAGCAGUGCAAUCGUCAACUCAAGAGGAGUCUCUGUUAGAUUUUGCACUAUGGGAACCACCUCAUGGUCCAUACAAGAUGUUCAAUUAUCCUUGGAAAAGCUACGUCAAAGUUAGUGGAGCAUUGAGGCAUUGUGCUUUCAUGGUCAUGGCAAUGCAUGGAUGCAUACUUUCAGAAAUACAGGCGCCUCCAGAGAAGAGACUGGCUUUCUUUGAAGAACUUCAGAAGGUUGGUAUUGAAGGAGCUAAAGUAUUAAGAACACUAGGAAGCAAAGUGGAAAAGAUGGAAAGGCUGAGCAGCAGUGAGAUCCUCUUUGAUGUUCAUGAGGCAGCGGAACAAUUGCAGAUGAAGAUUGACAGAUUGUCAUUCCUCUUAGUCAACUAUGAGAGCUGGGAAGCUGUGAGACUGCACAAGGAAAAAGAACAUGAGAAUUUGAUGAAACGAGAGAUCACUUCCCUGAAUGAAAUAAGAGAUGAUCCAAAACUUAACAUAAAAAUAGACCCUUCAACGCCAAGCAAGAGCUUAUUGGGGCGCUCAAAUUUAUCUCACUGCUCAGAAGGGACGAUACCUGAGCCAGAAUCCAACGUGUAUGAAAGUGCGAGCUCCUUAACUUUGGCAACAUUUGCUUCAAACUUAAUCGAGUUUGUUGCGAGGCUUCAAAAUCUCGUGGAUGAAUUUCAAGAUCUUAGUGAGAAGGCUAACUUUAGAGACCCCUUUGAAGUGGAACAACCGUUGUUGAACUAGGAGUUACAGUGCCCUUGUUUAUUGAUUGGAGGCCAUCAAAGAUGUCAAACAAAGAUAUUCUGUUUCACUUUUAAGAAAUAACUUUGAAGUUGAAGCAGCAUUCCUUUUUCUGGAAAAAGUGGGAGGAUUCAAACUCAGUCCAAGAUAUCUCACCUUUAUGUACUCUGUAUGAUUUAAAAAUAACCAUCUGUGAUUUGUUUUGGUAUGUGAAUGUGUCUUUUCAAACUGCUGAAAUUG